AUGAACUUCCUCCAGAUCGUUCUCAUGUGCGCGCUAUUAGCCAUCGUGUACGGCCGAUACAAGACAGAAGUUAUCGAUGCAUGUCACGCAACAACGUCAACCUUAUCUCUCAACCUCCCCUCCAUCAACAUUCCCUACUGGUUUAAAGUACUCAACGAUCUCAAGCACCAGUCCAGCCACCUUACCGCACCGUUCAAAUCUCGAGCCUUCGCUGCCCUCCCACUCGCUCUGCGCGUUCAGCUGGGCAUCACCUCGGACAGAUCCCUCGCGGUGGGAUCUGCGUGUCUCGAAGCUGCUGGGCAUAUCUGGGUUCUUCUCGCAGACGUCAACCGUCUCAUGGACACCGUGGAGCGCAUUCUGCGCUUUGUGAUGAGCGACAUGGCUGCGGUCGCACUGAUCGCGUGGCUGCGGCUCAUCGUCUGCGCCACGACUUUACAGAAUGGUCUUGCUAUCGGCAGGCUCGUGCAGUUGCUCGGGCACCGUUGGAUCAUGUUGUGGCUGGUCGUGUUGACUGUCCUUGUUAUUUUGGUAUGA